AUGGCCAUACGGUUUCAUCGCCCUUUGAAGACCUCCUUAAGCGUCGCAGACGAUGCGGAGAACUGGAUGGACAAUCUCUCGCGGGUAUUGUUAGACAUCCGCUCCUCUCUCAAGUCGGACCUUGACUGCUCCGCCGCUGAGCACGCGUUUGGUGCCAUCGUCCGACUUCCUGGUAAAAUGAUUUCGCCAACCCCGCGAAGUGCGAUCGAGGAUCCCAACAGCCUCCUGCACCGUCUCCGGCAAUUCGUGCGGACGCGCUCCCCCGAUCCGUUUUGGCCAUCCGUCUCCGAGUUUUACCUCGAGAAAGACUUGACAACAUUCUCUCACAUUCUUCGAUGCGAUCGAGUCUUCCGGCCAGUGGAACCACCCUACGGCGGUCUCUUUCAGGUUGCCUCUCGUGGAGCGAACACCUUCCGCAUCAAACGCGGAAUCCGCGAGGAGGUCGUGAGCUUCGACGGUCUCAAAGCCGUUGUCCCGGGCACUCCUCCAAAUGCGUCCUGUGCUUUCCUGCCGUUUAAUCCGCCUUCCCGACCAUUUAUCCUUCCGUUCCAUAUACUUGCUCUUCCCUCGUGUCCGCUACUCCCAACUGUGACUACUCCCUCACCAACCCCCAACGCUUGA